AUGCCUUUCAAAAAUAUCACAAAUGAAUUUAGAGAAGUUCUACAGGAGCGUGAAAGCUCCAUCCCCGACGCGAAGCGCAGGAAGGUGUCAAAGCAACCCAAGAACGAGACCGACAAACCUUCAGUUGAUAAGACAUAUAUUGCUGAAGCAUACAAUAUUUUAAACCACAUCAACACUCUGACCAGGAUGCUUGCAAACGUCCGCACCGCCUACUUGAGCAUAGACUCGCGCAUAUCCCCACUAUCACGGCAAGGCUCUCGGAACAUAGAUUUAAGUGAAGGAGGGUCUUCUUGGGCCAAUGUUCGGCAUCUGUCCAACGAGGAACGAGAUCAAAUUGACCUGCAGGCUCGGGUUAUCCUCACGCGGUGUUCAGAUCGAGUUAAAGAAAUGGAAGCUAUAGAGAAACGCCGUGCAGAACUUGUGGCUAGUAAGACAAACCCCUUAACGAGACUACUCCCUGCACGUCUGCGGCAGGACGAGUCAACUCUAUCUUCGGAUGUCAUUGCUGCCCACCACUCUGGAAUAACAUGGUAUCUCAGCAGGAGGUUGGCAGAGGCCAGUCAGAUACAAAAAGAGCUGCAAGAAGAACGCGUCAAACGACAAUUAGAGAGAACGAAAACCCUUGGAUCCGGUGCUGCUCAGGAGGCUCUCACCAUGUACUCACGAGUGCGAACACAGCCCUCGAACAAUCAACCCACUGCUAACAAACCACCGGGAAGUUGGCUAGAAAACACAAUUGCGGCUACAAUUGGAGUUUCUGCUCCUCCGGAAUCUUCACGCAAAGUUGCAGCCUAUACACCAGCAGAAUCCAGUUACGUAUCGGAGGAAGACGACGACGACGAUAUCGAACUAUCCGCGUCACAGAUUUUGCAAUUUGAAACUGAAAACGCCAACAUUCUGAAAGGUGUUCAAGAUACCUUGGAAUCAGUUCAACAGGCGGAAUCCCGACUUAUGGACAUCAGUGCAUUGCAAAUGGAGCUCGUCACACACUUAACACGCCAAACGGAACUUACUGACCAGUUGUACGAAGAUGCGAUCACAACGACAUCGACCGUGGAGAAAGGAAAUGAACAACUACGAGAGGCAAAACGACGCGCUAAGGAUGGGCGACUCUUCAUUUUAGUUUUUCUCAUUGGAGCUAGUCUUAGUUUGUUGUUCUUACAUUUCUAUUGA